AUGCGAGCACGUUCUUCAUUCCUGGCUUCGGCCUUAUCGGCUGCACCAAAGUCCAUGGCUUCGAAUACUUUCCCGAACACAGCUCGUCGACAAGCCCGACUAGUAUCGUCUCUGCAAUCGUCAUGCCAGCAGCACCCUACCAAGAGAGAGUCGAACGAUGGCCCACUGCUGUCACGAGUGUCUGGACCCACCGACAAGCCGUUAUGCGAACUCUCACUCAGUCAGUUCUGGGAAGAAGCGGUGAGCAAGUAUGCUGAUCUGCCUGCGUUGAUUUCGAAGCACGAGCCAGCAUCACAGCAUGGCAAGCGCGGCUCAAGCUCGGACGACUGUGUCAGAUGGACGUAUGGCGCCAUGAACGAGCACAUCAAGAGCCUCGUAGCUGGACUGCAUCAGCUUGGGAUACGCAAGGCAGACCGAGUCGCUGUUCUUAUGAUGAAUUGCUCCGCCUACGGAGCUCUGCAAUGGGCCUGUGCCGAGGUUGGGGCCAUCUUGGUGACGUUGAACCCUGCAUACAGCACCUCCGAGCUCCGUCGGGCUCUCAAUCUAGUCGAAGCAACCACACUGUUCGUGGUUCCGUCUCUUCGCGGAACCAACUACCUUGAAUCGCUUUUGAAACUCCUACCGUCCCUCUCGAGCUCGGCAAGCGCUUCUGGUGAUCCGACCGUGCUGCAAGAUGAAACGUUAUCCUGCUUGAAACGCAUCGUCGUGAUCGACAACCUCGACAACCGACCAAGAUACUGGGAAAGCAACAGUGUGCUAGCACAGCAGCGCAAGAGCUUCUCCGAUGCAAUGUCUGUCUUGAACGGUCGGGCCCUUGACUACCGUGACCUCCUCGUUUCUUCGCCUUCGACCCUUGAACAAGACGAGGUGCUCAAUACGGACGUCAUCAAUCUGCAGCUCACCUCGGGCACAACAGGUCAGCCCAAGGCUGUGGCGCUCACUUCGAGGAAUCUGCUGAACAACGGCAUCGCAAUUGGCGACAAUCUCAGGUUCACCGAGGCAGACAAGCUAUGCAACAUUCCACCUCUCUUCCACUGCUUUGGUUUGGUCCUCGGUAAUCUCGCUGCUUGGACCCACGGCGCUUCAGUCGUAUACGCUGCUGAAGGAUUCGACCCUUUGAGAGCUCUUCGUGCUGUUUCCGAGGAGCGCUGCACUGCCAUGCAUGGCGUUCCGACCCAUUUCAUCGCUGAGCUUGAGCUGCUCGAUUCGGCAAGAGAGCAUGCCGAGGAUCCAUCCCGCUUUCCUUUGCCCAAAGGCAUGCUCGAAGGCGAGACCUUUGACUUCUCCUCCCUGCGAACCGGCCUCACAAGUGGCUCUACCGUUCCUAUCGCGCUCAUGGAAGCGCUUGUCAGCCCAGGGAAACUUGGUCUCCGUGACCAGACGGUGGUUUACGGUAUGACCGAGACUUCACCCGUCACUUUUGGUUGUGAUGUUGAUGCACCCAUCGUAAGGAGAUGCGAGACCGUGGGACGAGUCUACCCUCAUGUGCAUGCCAAGAUCGUCUCACCAGAUGACUCCACGGGUAAGCCGCUUCCUGUCGGACAACCAGGAGAGCUCUGCACCGCGGGAUAUGUUGUCAUGGAAGGCUAUUGGAAGGACCCCAGAAGGACAAACGAAGCAAUGGAAAGGCAUCCCGAUGAACCUGACAUCGUGUGGAUGCGCACCGGUGACAUUGGCAUCAUGGACCAAGAGGGCUACGUGCGCAUCGUGGGUCGAUCCAAAGAUGUGAUCAUUCGAGGAGGCGAGAACCUUUUCCCACCCAAUAUUGAAAACUGCAUCGAUCGUAUGGAAGGUGUCGCUACCAACGCAGUAAUUGCUGUGCCAGACGAAAAGUAUGGAGAGGCUGUCGGCGUGUUUGUGGCCAGGUCGCACGCAGAAGCGCAUGUUACACCAGCAGAGAUCCGUGCCUACGUCAAGAAACAUGUCGGUGGACAAAGCGCACCAGCGUGGGUUUGGUUCCUCGGCGAAGAUGGCGUCGCUGCAGAGUUCCCCAAGACUGCUUCUGGAAAGAUCCAAAAGGUCAUCCUCCGUGAUUGGGCGAAAGAUCUGGCUGCGAAUAAUCAGGGCAAGGUCGACAAGGUUUAG